UGCCGAGGCUCGGCCGGAGCGUGGAGCCCGCGCCGCUGCCCCAGGACCGCGCCCGCGCCUUUGUCCGCCACCGCCCGCCACCCGCCGCCCGCCGCCCAUGGAGCGCGCCGCGCCGUCGCGCCGGGUCCCGCUUCCGCUGCUGCUGCUCAGCGGCCUCGCGCUGCUGGCGGCCGGAGUGGAUGCGGAUGUCCUCCUGGAGGCCUGCUGUGCAGAUGGACACCGAAUGGCCACUCAUCAGAAGGACUGCUCGCUGCCAUAUGCCACGGAAUCCAAAGAAUGCAGGAUGGUGCAGGAGCAGUGCUGCCACAGCCAGCUGGAGGAGCUGCACUGUGCCACAGGCAUCAGCCUGGCCAACGGGCAGGACCACUGUGCCGCGCCCCAUGGUGACAACGCCAGCCUGGAGGCCACGUUUGUGAAGAGGUGCUGCCAUUGCUGUCUGCUGGGGAGGGCAGCCCAGGCCCAGGGCCAGAGCUGCGAGUACAGCCUCAUGGUCGGCUACCAGUGUGGACAGGUCUUCCGGGCAUGCUGUGUCAAGAGCCAGGAGACCGGAGACUUGGAUGUCAGGGGCCUCCAAGAAACAGAUAAGAUCACUGAGGUCGAGGAGGAACAAGAGGACCCAUACCUGAAUGACCGCUGCCGAGGAGGCGGGCCCUGCAAGCAGCAGUGCCGAGACACGGGUGAUGAGGUGGUCUGCUCCUGCUUCGUGGGCUACCAGCUGCUCUCUGAUGGUGUCUCCUGUGAAGAUGUCAAUGAAUGCAUCACGGGCAGCCACAGCUGCCGGCUCGGAGAAUCCUGCGUCAACACAGUGGGCUCUUUUCGCUGCCAGCGGGACAGCAGCUGCGGGACUGGCUAUGAGCUCACAGAGGACAAUAGCUGCAAAGAUAUUGACGAAUGUGAGACUGGUAUUCAUAACUGCCUCCCCGAUUUUAUCUGUCAGAAUACUCUGGGAUCCUUCCGCUGCCGACCCAAGCUACAGUGCAAGAGUGGCUUUAUACAAGAUGCUCUAGGCAACUGUAUUGAUAUCAAUGAGUGUUUGAGUAUCAGUGCCCCGUGCCCUACCGGGCAUACAUGCAUCAAUACGGAGGGCUCCUACACGUGCCAGAAGAACGUGCCCAACUGUGGCCGUGGCUACCAUCUCAACGAGGAGGGAACUCGCUGUGUUGACGUGGACGAGUGCGCACCACCUGCCGAGCCCUGUGGGAAGGGGCACCGCUGUGUGAACUCUCCCGGAAGUUUCCGCUGCGAGUGCAAGACGGGUUACUAUUUCGACGGCAUCAGCAGGAUGUGUGUGGAUGUCAACGAGUGCCAGCGCUACCCCGGGCGCCUGUGUGGCCACAAGUGCGAGAACACGCUGGGCUCCUACCUCUGCAGCUGUUCCGUGGGCUUCCGGCUCUCUGUGGACGGCAGGUCGUGUGAAGACAUCAAUGAAUGCAGCAGCAGCCCCUGUAGCCAGGAGUGUGCCAACGUCUACGGCUCCUACCAGUGUUACUGCCGGCGGGGCUACCAGCUCAGUGAUGUGGACGGAGUCACCUGUGAAGACAUCGACGAGUGUGCCCUGCCCACGGGGGGCCACAUCUGCUCCUACCGCUGCAUCAACAUCCCUGGAAGCUUCCAGUGCAGCUGCCCCUCGUCUGGCUACAGGCUGGCCCCCAACGGCCGCAACUGCCAAGACAUUGAUGAGUGUGUGACUGGCAUCCACAACUGCUCCAUCAAUGAGACCUGCUUCAACAUCCAGGGCGGCUUCCGCUGCCUGGCCUUCGAGUGCCCUGAGAACUACCGCCGCUCCGCAGCCACGCAGAAAUCCAAGCGAGGAAGGCAGAACACCCCAGCGGGGUUAAGUAAAGAGGACCGCAGGGUUCUUCCAUGGAAGCAGGGAUUGGGGGAUGCCCACCUUGAUGCCUAGUGAGGAAGAUGGACCUAGACAGACAGAUGGCCCCACACCUCGCGCUGAGGCAGCUGUGAUUGUGCCAUGGGAGCACGAGCCCUUUUCCCCGUGGCCCUCGCCAUUUUGUCUCCCGGCCGUCUCUCUGAUCAUGCCUGGUCUGCACCAGCCUCGAGUCUCCCAUAUUCUAGUACAUUCUCCAAGAUGCAGUCCAAGAGCCUCUCCGAAAGACUAGUCUGGUUACGAUGGUCUGAUCUUCCUUAGAACCUUCCAUGGUUGUCUUUUCCUAGCAGAUGAAGCAUAGCCUCCUUGCAAUGGCAUUGGAGGCCUGGCCUGAUCUGGCCUCUGCCCACCCUUUGAGCUGCACCUGCCCCACUCCAGCUCAUCCAUGUGCUUGUGCCCUGGCCCCACGGAGGGGCUUGCACUUCCCUGAAUCUGUCUUCUUGUGGCUUUAGCAUGUGUCAUGCUGUCCCCCUGCAGACUGCCAUUCUCCUUGCAGACUUGGCUCAGAAGUGACCUCCUCAAUGCAGUUAGCCUGAGCUCCCCUGGCCCCGGGCUCCUCCAUCAGAGCAUUUACCCCAUUGUGUUGUGGCUGUUUCUUAGUCCCCUCUAGACGGGCUCUUUGAAGGCGGGGAUUGUGUCUGGUUAAUUUCUGUAUUCUCUGCAACUUUGCGGUGUUUGGCCUGAAGAAGGAGCUCAGUAAACAUCUGAAUAAACGUGGAUGGAUGGAUGGA